GGGGCGGAGCCGAAGCCCCGCCCCCAUCUUCUCAGCCCGGUGGCCGGCGGGGAGGGCGCCUCAGUCGUUCGCGGCUGUCGAGCCCCGAGGACGCGGCCCCAGGAGGGGCAGCGGCCUGGCUCCGGCCCGGGGACAGGAACAGCAAAGGGGACAGGGACAUGGCCACCACCGCCUGGCCCGCAGCGCCCCCAGUGCCUGUGCCAGGGACCCGGACCACCGCCGCCGCCGCGGCCGGGGGCUGAAGACUAUGAGCCCUGCGCCCGAGCUGUCAGGCCCCGCUCCAGCCCGCCGCUGCAGUCGCAGUCUCAGCCUCAGGAUAGAAAAACUCAUCAAGAACCUAAGAUGUGAAGAGUCCUUUCUCAAAAGAAGAAAAAAGUGAUCGUUGGGACUAUGGAUCGGAGCAAACGGAAUUCCAUUGCAGGAUUUCCUCCUCGUUUAGAGCGUCUGGAAGAUUUGGAAGGGGGCAGUGGAGGGGAUGGAAAUGUGGCCCAGAUGGGAAGAGUGUGGCCAUCUUCAUAUCGGGCUCUCAUAAGUGCCUUUUCUAGACUUACACGUUUAGAUGACUUUACCCGGGAAAAGAUUGGAUCUGGUUUCUUCUCUGAAGUGUUCAAGGUUCGUCACAGAGUGUCUGACCAAGUGAUGGCUCUGAAGAUGAACAUUUUAAGUAGUAACCGGGCGAAUAUGCUAAAGGAAGUCCAGCUCAUGAACAGACUGUCUCAUCCAAACAUCCUGAGGUUCAUGGGGGUGUGUGUACACCAAGGGCAGUUGCAUGCGCUUACAGAGUAUAUCAACUGUGGGAACUUGGAACAGCUCCUAGACAGUGACCAACACCUACCUUGGACGGUGAGAGUGAAGCUGGCCUGUGACAUAGCUAUGGGACUUCGCUACCUUCACUUUAAGGGCAUUUUCCAUCGGGACCUCACAUCCAAGAACUGCCUGAUUAAGAAUGAAGAAAACGGUUACUCUGCUGUGGUGGCUGACUUCGGCCUGGCGGAGAAGAUACCUGACUGUGGGGCAGGGAGUGAGAAGCUGGCCGUGGUGGGCUCCCCUUUCUGGAUGGCACCGGAGGUUCUCAGAGAUGAGCCCUACAAUGAGAAGGCCGAUGUGUUCUCCUAUGGGAUCAUCCUCUGUGAGAUCAUCGCCCGAAUCCAAGCUGACCCAGACUAUCUGCCCCGGACUGAGAACUUUGGCCUGGACUAUGAUGCCUUCCAGCACAUGGUAGGAGACUGUCCUCCAGACUUCCUGCAGCUCGCCUUCAACUGCUGCAACAUGGACCCAAAGCUCCGGCCCCCCUUUGCAGAAAUUGUGAAGACCCUGGAAGAGACUCUGAGCCGCCUGCAGAAAGAAGAACUGGAGAAAGACAGGAAGUCCGUGUCCAUUGGCAAGGGGCUUCUGGAGAAGGGCCCCGGUGUGAAGCGGCCCAGCUCCCUGGACGACAAGAUUCUACCCAAGUCUCCCCGUCCACGUCGCACCAUCUGGUUGUCCCGAAGCCAGUCAGACAUCUUCUCCCACAAACCCCCGCGCGCAGUGAACGUGCUAGACCCCUACUAUGUACCCCAGCGCAGCGGAGGGAGCCACACCCCCAAGAUUAAUCCCUUCAGUGCCCGCCAGGACCUCAAGGGGGGCAAAAUCAAAUUCUUUGACAUGCCCAGCAAGUCGGUCAUCUCUCUAGUGUUUGACCUGGACGCUCCCGGGCCUGGGGGCUCUGGUGGGGGCAUUAGCCGUCUUCCUGCAGAAUGGCAGGAGCCCGUAGCCCAGCCUCUCCGCCGCUGGCGUUCUCUGCCUAGCUGCCCCGAGUUCCUACAGCAGGAGGCUGGCCCUUUUGGGGGUCGAGAAGAGACCCCCUUUGAGGGCCCCCUGAGGCUACUAAGCAGCCUUAAGUAUGGUGUCACCGAGAUCCCCCCAUUCCGGGGCCCAGCCUCCUCCCAUGCCUCAGAGCAGGAAGCGAUGGACUGUUGUUCCUGUACUGUUAGCUCCCAGGAGGAGAAUGGCUUUGGGCCCCUGGCCCCAGAGGCUAUGGAAAUCGAGGAUUCCCAGCAAUCCUUGAACCUAUUGCCUAGCCCUGUCAGCGCUGCAGCAGGCAGCAGAAGCAGCCAAGUUCGGCUAGUGUGACGGGCGAGCCUGGACAGGGCCAGAUUCCGGUUCAGGGGCGAUUUCUUACAAAACCUGAGCCUCGGCUCCACCCCUGCCCCAGCUCUGAGCCCUCCUGUGUCCAGCCCCUUCUCAGGAAGUGGAGAGCAGUUACAUGGAGAGACAAGGAGCUGGCCUGCUUCAUGUGGGGCCUUCCCUGGCCCCUUAUCAUUGGUCCAGAGCUCAGCCCAUUAAAUCCAGGGCCCUCUGAACCAGCAUUCUCUGUGGCCUCACCAAUCCCAGCUAUUUCCUAAUUGUUCUGGGGACCAUUAAGGCCAUCCCUCUCAGCUGAUUCCAAAUAAGCAUCUUUAUUUCCCAGCACAGCUCUGUCAGAGUGGGGGGACGGGGCAGGGGUACACACUAGACCCUGGGCCUCCUCCCCAGGCCCAUGGCAAGGUUGCUGGGGCCACAAACUCCUUUUUGGAGUCUAGAGCUAAACUUUGAUGCAGAUGGACAAACCAGCAGUGGCAGGAGGGGAGGGGGCCGAGUCUCCCACCUAAGGACGCGGACACUUCUUGCCAGUACAUGACACUUGAAUUUCAGAUCUCUCGUUUGCACUUACUGCUCCAGUCCUACUGUCCCUAAGGUGGAUUCUAUGCAAAAGGGGAAGGUGGGGGCACACGGGGCAGCCAGGACUGAGCAGGCUGCCUAACCUUGGGUUUCCCGAGUUUAGAACAUUUAGAAUGUCCAGAUGACGUAUCUAUUUUCAUAUUUAUGAAGGAGUCUUAAAACUUGGCCAUCUGUAAAUAGCUCAAUUUGUGACUGGGAGCAGGGGCUCUGGCCACUGCCUGGGUCCCCAGCCCUAGCUUUGUUAGCACUGCCCAAGCUGGCUUUGCACACGUUUCUAAUGUGUCUGUUUGGGAACGUGUGAAGCGAGAGCAAGUGGGUUGUUUCUAAGUGGGGUGGGGGGGAGGAGGGGCUGUUCUGGUGGAGCCGCAAGCAGAACCAAAGAUGAAGCCAGUUAAGUUGUUUCAUAAUUUCUUUCUUUUUUGUAAAACUUUACCAAGUUGCUUUCAGAUUUAAAAAUUAAAGAGUUGCAGGUA